AUGUGUGAGCAUCAAUUAACCCAAGAAGAUCUCGAAUUUGAUAAAAAGCACAUUUGGCACCCAUACACAUCUAUAAUCACUCCAUUGAAAGUAUACCCUGUUAGCAAAGCUGAGGGCUCUUACUUGUAUCUCGAUGAUGGUAGUAAGGUAGUGGACGGUAUGGCAAGUUGGUGGUGUGUUCAGCAAGGGUAUAACAACCCUAGGUUAAAUGCGGCCGCCAUUUCGCAGAUUAACAAAAUGUCCCAUGUGAUGUUUGGUGGGAUUACUCAUAAGCCUGCCAUAGAUUUUUGUAGAAAGUUGCUAUCCUUAUUGCCAGACGACUUGGAAUGCGCUUUAUUAGCCGAUUCCGGUUCUAUCUCUGUCGACAUUGCAAUGAAAAUGGCUUUACGGUACCAUAAUUCAUUAGGGUAUACGUCAAAAAAAAGGUUCCUAACCAUUAAGAAGGGAUACCACGGUGAUGCGUUUGGGGCCGUGUCGGUUUGCGAUCCAGUCAAUUCCAGACACAGUGCAUACAACGGAUUCCUCGCUGAGAACAUAUUCUGUAAAGCACCAGAGAUCCGGUUUGACUGUUCUGAAGAGGAUGUUGAGCAAUUGGUCGAGGAGCUCGAUGUGAAACCAUUUGCGAGACUUAUCGAGGACAACCAUAACGAAAUUUCCGGUGUUGUGAUGGAGAGCAUUGUGCAAGGCGCAGGCGGUCUAAGAAUGUACCAUCCGUAUUUCUUGAAGCGUGUCCGUGAACUCUGCUGCGAGUUCAACAUUUUACUGAUCCUCGACGAGGUUGCAGUGGGUCUUGGAAGAACAGGCAUGCUCUUUGGAUUCGAACAUGCAGGAGUAGUGCCAGACAUAGUAUGUUUAGGGAAGACGUUGACAGCUGGGUACUUGACGCUAUCUGCGACUGUCACUACCAGAAAGAUUGGCAAUCAAAUCUCCAUUGGACCUGACGGCUGCUUCAUGCAUGGCCAAACCUAUAUGGCCAAUCCACUGGCAUGCGCCGUUGCAAGUGAAAACUUGUCAAUUUUGAUGGAGGGCAAAUGGAAAUCUCAAGUUUGCCAAAUAGAAACUCAGUUGAAAAAGGAGCUCUUGCCCUUGUUAGAGCAUCCUAUUGUAGCUGAUGUAAGAAUUCUAGGAGCUAUAGGUGUCGUGGAAGUCAUGAAGCGUGUGGAUGUCGAAGAUUUACAGGAGCGAUUUGUCAAGGCAGGAGCAUGGAUUAGACCUUUCAACAAUAUAAUCUACAUUCUCCCUCCCUAUAUAAUCACUUCUCAAGAGUUGACCAUCUUAACAGAAGCUAUUAAGUAUGUGCUUGACUUUAUUUAA